UGGCAGGAGAAGUUUGUGGGCGAGAAGAGGGGGAGCACGAUUCUCAGGGAGCUGCUGCCCGCACUCAAGAUGGCGGCGCUGGGAGGGAGUAACUAGGGAGGGACUGGGAGGCACUGAGGAGGUGGGAUCAUGGCGGCGGCAGAGGAGCGAACAGGCGAGGAGUGGGAAGAGGAGGAAGAGCAGUUGGUUCUGGUGGAAUUGUCAGGAAUUAUAGAUUCAGACUUUCUCUCAAAAUGUGAAAAUAAAUGCAAGAUUUUGGGAAUUGACACUGAGAGGCCUAUUAUGCAAGUGGACAACUAUGUCUUUGCUGGGGAGUAUGAAGACACUCUUGGGACCUGUGUUAUAUUUGAAGAAGAUGUGGAGGAACAUGUGGAUGCAGAAGGCAAUAAUAAAACAGUGCUGAAAUAUAAAUGCCAUACAAUGAAGAAGCUCAGCAUGACAAGAACUCUUCUGACAGAAAAGAAGGAAGGAGAAGAAAACAUAGGUGGUGUGGAGUGGCUACAAAUCAAGGAUAAUGAUUCCUCUAAUAGACCCAACAUGAUUUGUAGCUUUCUACAUGAAAAUGAAGAUGAAGAAGUUGUAGCUCCAGCCCCAGAUAAACCUCUGGAGUUGAAGGAGCAAGAGAUUCAAAUGAAAGAUAAUUCAGACCUGAGUUAUGAACAGGGGAAACCACUGCACUUGGAAAUAGAGGAUUCUGGUCCUCUUAUUGAGAUCCCUUCUUUUGAUACAGAAGGUUUUGAUUUUAUGGAAACUCAAGAUGCUGACUUAGAAGCCACUCCUAGAUGAAAUGUUUCUCAUAAUAAUCUAAUCAUGAACUUUUUAGUUUUUACAUCAAAUAAUUGGCUCUGUAGCUUCCAGUUGUUCACCUAUUUUAUUAUUUUUGUUGCUGCACACAUUUCCAAUUAUAGCAUAACUUAAUAUAGCAGAGUCAUUCUAAGACCAGACAUAAAUUGAAUUAGAAAACCAAAAACAAAAACCAGUUUAAAUGAUCAUAGAGACUCUUCUCUGAUGAGUUCUUUAAAUUGGAGGUUUUGCUAAGGUAAGUGUAUUAGUUUUCAAGUACAAGUGUCACAAAUUACCAUAAACUUGUGGUAUUAGCUGCCAUUGAGUUAGCCCCUAACUUGUGACCCCAUGCACAACGGGAUUGGAACUGUCUUUUGGGAGGCCAGAGUAAAGACUCCUCAGCUGAAACAAGCCUCAUGCUGCCAUGCUGUGUUUCUGCUCUGUAUCCUGCAAAGUUAAGUGAGCCUGGUGCUAGAUUGAGUCCGACCAAGUUCCCGUGAUUGUGAAUGUCAUCCCGAACCUCUGACUACUGCUGCUGUUCAGGCAGAAAGAGCUUUGCAACUGCCUACCUCUGGCCUUUUAUGUGGAAGAGAAAUAAACUUCUCUCUUGUUUAAGUCACUCUUUUACAGCCAAACUUAACCCUAAUUGAUACAUUAUACACUUAAGAAAACAUGAAAAAUCUAGAAAAGUAUAAAGAAGUAGAGUGGAAUAUUCUUGAGAUUUGUAAUCUUGCAAAAGAGACUGAUCUAGACUAUAAUAUAGUUCUACCUUACGUUGGACAGGAAAAUUAAAGUCUUAAAUUCUGAAGAGAACACGGUAUGUUUUAGUUCCCUACCUGUCAAUAAGAAUAAAUGUUUGGAAUUUAGUAAAAGUCUUAUUUUUCAAAUACGUAGUAUUUUGUGAGACUAAAGUUUCAUAUUGAAUUUCUCUGCCAUUUAUCAACUAACUACCUUACUAACUUACUGGAAUUACUUAUAAAGUAAUCUUAGAAUCAUAGUCCUUAUUUAGCUGUCACAAUAAAUACUACUUUUGACAGUG